AUGGCUGGGCCCACCACCCACGCUGCCCCCAUGCUGUUCCUUGCUCUCCUGGUGCUGUUGGAGCUGAGCCUGGCAGGCUCCCUGGGACCCGGAACCUCUGCUCGGAACCUCCCUGAGAAUCACAUCAGCCUCCCAGGCCCAGCACUGCGGACACCUCAGGCCGGCCACCACCGCCGGCGGGGCCUAGACAAGAAGGAGCAGGGUCCCGGCAUGCCUAGCUGGGCCCAGGACGGCGCUGCGGUCACCUCCACCAGGCAGGCCUCCAGGCUGCCAGGGGCUGGGGCGCCGUUGCCUGGGAAGAGUCCCGCGGGCCUGCUGCUGCAGGACAAGGGUCUGCUCCUGGGGCUGGCACUGCCCUCCCCUGGGAAGGAGAACCGGUCUCCAGGGUCAGAGAGGGUGAAGAAACGUGGCAGGGAGCACAAGAGGCGCAGAGAGAGGUCGAAACUGCACAGAGGCCGAGCCUUGGUCCGAGGUCCCAGCUCCCUGAUGAAGAAAGUGGAGCUCUCUGAAGACCAGGCUCCAGAUACCACGAUGGAGGAAUCUUCCACGAGCCUGGCCCCCACCAUACUCUACCUAACCACCUUUGAGGCAGCACCUGCCACGGAAGAGUCCCUGAUCCUGCCUGUCACAUCCCUGUGGCCCCAGGCUCAGCCCAGGCCUGACGGAGACGUGAUGCCCACGCUGGACAUGGCCUUGUUUGACUGGACCGAUUACGAGGACUUAAAACCUGAGGUCUGGCCCUCUGCAAAAAAGAAAGAGAAAAACCGGGGUAAACUUUCCAGUGAUGCUAACGAAACCUCACCAGCCGAAGGGGAGCCGUGUGACCAUCACCAAGACUGCCUACCAGGGACGUGCUGCGACCUGCGGGAGCAUCUCUGCACACCCCACAACCGGGGCCUCAACAACAAAUGCUUCGACGACUGCAUGUGUGUGGAAGGGCUGCGCUGCUAUGCGAAAUUCCACCGGAACCGCAGGGUCACACGGAGGAAGGGGCGCUGCGUGGAGCCCGAGACAGCCAACGGGGACCAGGGAUCCUUCAUCAACGUCUAGCGCCCCACGGGAGGCGCCUCCCCGCUGGCCUGGGGCCUGAGUGCGGGAGGUUUGGAGGAGCCGGCAAUUUGUUUAUAACUAGCGGUGGGAGAGCGAAUAGGGGACCAGAAGACCGAGGCUGCGCUGGGGAACUGCCUGCGCAGGAGCCAAGCGGCAGCUCACCUGCACCCGGCACCCAGCCCCUGGGGACUCCUGCGGCCUGCGCGUCCGGAUGCCCGGGUGCUCCGCGAUGGCAAUGUCGAGAGUGCCCUCUACUGUCCGACUGCAGCACUGCAACAGCUUCGAGUUUAAAUGAAGAGGUUUUUGCGGAAAAGAAACACAAACUUCCUGAGAGAUAGGGAACCCAAGGGCGGGAGCUGAAUACGGAACACCGCUUAUGUGCCAGGCACUGUGCUAAACGCGGGGCAUACCUUAUUCCACUUAGCUGUCGCAUGACCUCUUCAAGUAAGCACUGUCACCAUUUUA